AUGAUUGGAGGGUGUGAUGCUCCUUUUUGCGUCAAUGCUGUGAUGGAUUGGCUUUCCGGUGUUUCUUUUGUUGCUGAUCUUUCAUCCUCUGUUUUUGCUCUUUCUGGAUGCUGGGGAUGGCAAGUGCUUUUGAAACACUAUGUGGGCAUGCUUAUGGGGCCAAGAAGUGACACAAGUUGGAUGUAUAUCUGCAAUGUUCAUGGAUUGUUCUCUUCCUGGUAUACUGUGUUUGGUGGUUGUCCUCAUACUUGGACUGGCUUCUCUAUGGAUGCAUUUUCUGGUGCUGUUGCUG